AUGGAAAGUUUGUUCGCCGUGCAGACAGACAUGCAAUGUGGUACUGUGUAUAGUGCUGUGGAUGAGGAUGUGUCCUCUGGGGCCAGUGGCUUCAAGGCCUGGAAUGCUCUCCCCUGUCAUCUCAGAGCCAAGACUCUACUCAGGUCCAGCACUGAGGAUGCUGGCAGCCCCAGAGUCAGCAUUCAUGAGGUCAUUGGCGACCCUUACCAGGGUGCAGUCUCUGUGCUGUGCUGUGUAGCUCUGAUACUCUACUGGAAGGGCUCGAAGGUUAUGAGUGGCCAGAUGGCGUUGAAGUUGGCUAGACACAGCAUGUUCAAGAAGCUUACUCAGAAAUGGCAGGUUGGAGAUGGGCCUGUAGUUCUGGAGGUUGUCAGGCCAGGCAACACAGUGGUUGCGAUCCCUGGCGUGGGGACAGUGCCCCCUGUUCUCUUAUUGGCUCAGCUGUUUGUGGAGGCGGGACUGCCUGCGGGGGUGCUGAAUGUGGUGACUGGCAACAUUUUGUCACUGGGUUCUAAAGUGGCUCAAAACCCCCACGUCAGCUAUGUCACUUACAGUGGCAACAAAAAGGAUGGAGAGAUUCUGUGCAGGGCCACAGCAGGCAUGGGUGUUCCCGUCUCUCUCUCCCUCACCCUCGGAGCCACCUGUCCCUUCAUCUUUGAGUCUGCCGAUAUCGACAGCGCCGUGGAUGGAGUGAUAGAGACCGCCUUUAAGAAGACCAGAGAGUGCCAGUGGAUGCUGUGUGUCCAGGAGUCAGUGUGGGACAGUGUUGUAGCCCGUCUGAAGGUUCGGAUGGCUGGGAUGAAGAGUGUUCCUCUCCUGGCCGAGGGGGACCGAAGGCUGGUGGACGCUGCAGUACAGGAGGCCCAACAGCAGGGGGCCACGCUGAUCCAGCCGUGUCCCCCGCCCUCCUCCAGUACUGCCUAUCCCCCCACGGUGCUGUGUGGAGUAGCCUGUGUGGUGACCCCAUUCCCCGGCCCUCUGCUACCCCUCUCCUUCAGGAGCCACGGGGAGGGCGUCACUCUGGGGAACCACAGCCCUCACGGCCAGGCUGCCUCUCUCUGGACUGAAGACCCAACUCUGGCCCUGGAGGCUGCCAAGAGCAUGUCUGUGGGUCAACUCCCACUCUGUUAUGGACCCUUCCCUGCCUCUCUCUGGCCACAAGGAGAGUGGCAACUGCAUCGAUGGAGGGAAAGAGGGUCUGUUCCAGUGUCUCCGACCUUCCUCCUGGAUUUUUAUCAACCAAAUGUCACCGACAGUGUCGGUAAGGUCAUAUGGUACUGGGGCAGUAUGGAGGUGUGUUUGACCCCUGUAUAGACACACACCAACAAACAGCACUUAAUUGUAUUCCAGUAGAGUAUGUAAGUGAGCUGUGUUUAAUGGUUAUCUAGUUUUGUCUCUUGGUCUUCCCCGCACCUUUUUGAUUCAGAGGGGUUGGGUUAAAAGCGGAAGAUACAUUUCGGGUGAAUGCAUUCAGUUGUGCAACUCACUAGGUGUCCCUCUUUCCCUUUAAUACUAGCAAGCACCACAAUCUCUUUGCAGAGCCCUCGGAGUAAGAGGAGUAAGAGUUCCACAGGGAUGCUGGCCCAUGUUGACUCCAAUGUUUCCCACAGUUGUGUCGAGUUGGCUGGAUAUCCUU